GUGACAUCUUUAUCUCUGGAAAACAACAGUGAUGAACUGAUAUUGAUGGAUGGUGGACUGACUGAAAGCAGAUCUGUAGAAAUAGUUCAUCUGUCUGGUUAUUCAACAGUUCCAAAGUAUUACUACAGCUCUGAUAAUAAGAUGCUUUUGAAGUUCAUAUCAGAUGCCAGUGUCACUGGAACUGGAUUCACUGCCUCUUAUAGCCAAGUGAAUCAAGGCAACUCAUUACAGAACUUGACUGCCACAAAUACCUGGCAAGAGUUAGAAUUUCCAUAUUAUAACAGUUUUUUGUUGGGGAGUCAGGAUCUUUCUUAUGUGAUAGAAGCUGAAGAUCAAACAAAAACCAUUACAUUCCAAGUAUUGGAUAUAGACUUACCUGUGGAUGCUACAGCUGUGAUUAGAGAUGGAAAUACAGUGUACAGCAAAAUACUCACCCUACUGUCUGGCACAUACAAGGGCAGUAGUAUUUCUCUUUCAUCAGGCAGAUAUUUACAUGUUGCAUUCCACACUGUGAGAGGCAGCCAGCGCAGAGGCCUCAAAGUACGUUACAUGCAAGGUUGUCAAGCUAGUUUGGAUAGGUCUACUGGAUACAUCAGCUCACCAGGUUACCCCGUGUCUUUCUAUCCAAAUGGUAUAACAUGCAGAUGGGAAGUCAGUGUGCCUGGGGCCAAAAAUGUGACGCUUUUAAUCAGUAGAAUGGAUCUUCAUAUAUCAGACAGAAUACAGAUUGUGAUGGGAAAUUAUCUCAUUGGUAACUACAGUGGGAACAGUUGGCUGACACCCUUGAGAAUUUCUGGAGGACAGUUCUCUGUUAUCUUCAUCUCAAGUGCCAGUCUCAACGGUCAAGGGUUUAAUUUGACAUAUUCAGUGGACUGCCCUCAACCUGCCAUUGACCUGAGUUUGUCAGAUGUUGUUGGAACAUUGACCACAUCUUAUGGCAGUGAAUUUACUGUCACUUGUAAACAAGGAAGUCGGUUCUUUCAGACAGAACACAUAGGCAAAACUAAUGUCACAAUGAUAUGCAUGGCCUUCGGGCAGUGGAAUGUCAAUACAUCACCAAAGUGUGCACGUAUUCAGUGUGAAAAAGUUCCUAAUGUACAGAAUGGAUAUAUUGCAAGUUCUUCAGGGAAUCUUCCUUACAAUGGAACACUGACUUAUAAAUGCUAUCAAGGUUAUAUGUUAGUGGGAUUAGACACUGUCAUGUGUGAUGCAAAUGGACAUUGGAUAAAUCUCCCUUCCUGCCAAGCAACUUCCUGUGGUACCGCACCACCAGCAGACCCAAAUGGGAAUAUGCUGGUCGCUGCAGGAAACGGAUUAUCAUAUGGCACAGUGUUAAGAUACUCCUGCAACCAAGGUUAUGAUUUAAUUGGUGAUCCAACUAUGUUUUGUGAUUCAAAUGGUAGCUAUGUGGGCAGAGCAGGAACUUGCAGAAUUCUGACUUGCCACGUAAGCAGCAUUCUCAAUGGUGUCAUCAGUUCCAACAAGGUGCAGGUGGGCCAGCAGGUUAACGUGACCUGUAAUCCUGGAUACAGAUCCACAACAGGAGAAAAUACCAUGACAUGCAACAGCAACAGAACACUGACUCCAGGAAUCUCUUGCCAGA